UAUUAAUGCAUUAAAUUAAAUUUUUAAAAAAAUAUUUAUAAUGCUUAUAAAUGUUGAAUAGACAGAUAUCUACAUUUUUACUAUUCCUUAUAACAUAUCCUACAUCCUCAUCUACUCUCAUUUGCUUCUGUAAUAUCUGUACUGAUAAAAAAAAUAAUACAUGUGAAACUGAUGGAACAUGUUACGCCUCAAUUCAAAAGGAUGAAAAAGGACUGGUCAAAAAAUUAUACACAUGCAUGGAUAAACAAUAUCUUUCGCCGCCUGAUAACCCGUUUAUAUGCCACUCAUCUCCAAUCAACACGAAUUUUGGAAUCCAAUGCUGCAGUCACAGUGAUUUGUGCAAUCAAUACCUAAAUCCCACGUUUCCGACCUUCAAAUCCGAUCCUAAAUCGGCUGUCCUAUACAAAAAAUACAACAAACUCCACCGACUAUCUUCUAACCAUUUACCCUCGUCCUUAGCCGAUAUCAACAAUGGUGAUCCGCUCAAACUGCCAUUUCCGGCUUCCCCGUUAGGGGCGGACUCUAUACACCCCCAAAACAUAAAAAAUGGAUCAAAUAACACUCGCACAAAUUAUACCCCGAUUUUUAUCGCAGGCCUGGUUUUAGUAAGUUGCUUAUCCGUCUUUUUAGCGAUCUUCGCGUUCAGACGCUAUUUCAACGUAGGCUAUAAUUGUUCCAAUACGACAAUAGAUGGAAACUCGAUAGCAAGGGCUGGGGAAGCGGCGAAGAAUAAAGUGAUCGAUAGGGGGGUUAUUUUUAGUGACAAGAAAAUUAUUGGUGGUUGUUGGUGGUGGUGGUUCAACCUUUAUGGGCGCGGCAACAAAGGAAAGGCUAGACGACGCUCGAGUGAUUACCCCGGUUACAUGAAAUCUCACGCCUCUAAGGCCUCAAGUUAUCGUUGUUCCAUCGAAAUAUCUUCCCCUUCUCUCGUCAAACAUUCAUCUAACUACCCUUUGAAUUCGGCUUAUGAUGGGGAGAAAUCGGAAUCGUUGCAAAAUCUAUUAUCAGUCGACAAUACUACUUCCGGCUCUGGAUCUGGUCUACCUCUCUUGGUUCAGAGAACUGUUGCUCGAACUAUUCAAUUGGUGGAAAUUAUAGGUAAAGGUCGAUACGGGGUAGUUUGGUUAGGCAAAUGGCGGGGUGAAAAGGUUGCCGUUAAGAUAUUUGUAUCCCGCGAGGAAAAUUCUUGGUUUCGAGAAGUUCAAAUAUACCAGACCUCCAUGCUCAGGCACGAAAAUAUACUGGGCUUCAUAGCAGCUGAUAAUAAAGAUAACGGGACCUGGACCCAGUUAUGGCUUGUGACGGAUUACUGCGAAAAUGGUUCCUUGUUCGAUUAUCUCCAAAAGAUGGUCUUGGACAUAAAAUCAAUGCUCAAAAUAGUUCAUUCGAUAGCUAGUGGCUUAGCACAUUUACAUAUGGAAAUAGUUGGAAUACAAGGUAAGCCAGCCAUAGCCCACAGGGAUCUAAAGUGCAAAAACAUCCUGGUAAAACGAGACGGAACAACUUGCUGCUUGGCCGAUCUAGGGCUUGCCGUGUGCUACGACUCUACUGCUGAUAAACUUGACUUACCGCUAACUUGUUCUGCGCAAAAUGAAAUAGUCGCCGCCUCAAAACUUAAAAUCAAUCAAGGCGCCUAUCAAAUGGUCGGCACGAAACGCUACAUGGCCCCCGAAAUUAUAGAAGGGUCCACCGCGUGUAUUCAAAAAUCUUCCGACUUUGAAACACGAUCAGACAACAAAUAUAGCAACAAUGAAAUGAGGAAAUCGGAUAUGACAAAUUUUUCGAACCAUUUCGAAGCCCUCAAAAGAGCCGAUAUAUAUGCUCUCGGUCUCGUUUUUUGGGAGAUCUUGAGACGGUGCGAUUUUGAAGGUUAUCACGAAGACUUCCAACUAGCUUAUUUCGAUUAUGUACCACCAGAUCCCACCAUAGAAGAGAUGAGGCGAACCAUUUGUUCGGAAGGGAGAAGACCAACCAUCCCCCCACAAUGGAGUCAAAACGAAGUAUUACAAUCCAUAGCCAAAAUCAUGAAAGAAUGUUGGUAUCAUAACCCCGCAGCAAGGUUAACCGCUCUGAGAGUCAAGAAAAGUUUGGCCACUCUUUGCGAAGAAUCCUAUGAUAGUUUUUCGUGAAAGGAAAAACUACAAAUACCUCCUCGACGCGCGCGCAGAUAAUGUCAAAAAAGGAGGAAUACAAAAUCUCGAAGAAAAAAAUAUUUAUAAAAUUAUAGAAAAAUUUUCAAACGGGUAAAUUAAAAGGAGCAAACAUAUUUUUUAAAAAAAUACACUUUAAAUAUUAUAAUGAUUAAAAUAAUUUUAUAUUGCCAGGUAUAAAAAUAAUUAUAUUGGAUUUAAAUAGAUAUAUUUACCCCACCCAUUUGAAACGCCUUCGAAAAUUAAAUUAUACAGGUUAUAUACAUCAUAUUUGUUUAGAUGACUCUCUAAAAAAACACAAUUCUUGUUUAAUUUUUGUUUGAUAUGCACCAUUGCCAUUUUUUUUUAAAUAG